AUGACACAAUUCUCUGGUUUGCGUCCAAAUAACUCCCAAUAUUUUGCUUUCUUUCUCAGUGACACGGGAGCAAUAUUCCCCGAAUCGGUGGUCUUUACAGUGGUCUUCAUAAUAUCUGCCAUUCUAGGAGCUGGCAACGCUUCCAUCAUGUACCGGUUCAUGAUCAUCCGGUCUGAACAAUCAGAGAGGCGACAUAUCAUCUGCCAGAGAAUCCUCUAUGCCUUUGCAUGGAUUGGCUGCAUUGAGACCGUUGUGACCGCCAUAGUUUCGAUGAGGAUCAGUCCUACAGUCCACAGGAUCGCCGCAGGACCGGCAUUUUUCUUGUGUGCCAUUAACAACCUAGGUCAAGCUGUAUGCCUGUACAAGAAAUCCUUCAGCAGUCGCCGCCUAUGCCACAUUAGAAUGGCAUUAACCUUGGUGACCAUUGUGGCCCUGCUGACCUUUUCUGUGUGUAUGACCAUUGGCUUCUUCCAGCUAUGUACUGGCCGAUGUGAACAGAUCUACACCAGGACAGGCAUGGUGGUCGAGUGGACUGGAUUUGUUGGCCUGAUAAUAUACCAACUAAUGAACUAUACAGAUUUCCAGCGUUUGUCUUUAACGUUGUCCAGAGAAGGUGUCUCCAUUGGCCUGAGAGAAAAGACCCAGGACCCUGAAAACCCCCAAUAAGAUUCAAGGGGUGGAGCGCCAAGACAACUGAAACCAUCAUGACAUUGCUGGACAAUGAUCUUCUGUAUCAAGAGGCAGAUUCCAGGCUUGGUCUCUGUCCUCAAUACUGGAUGUGACAUUUUACCGGACUUUCCUAAUACUGGAUUUGACAAUUACCGGAUUUUCUGGAUUCAACAUCUAGCAGACUUUCCGAAUACUGGAUGUGACAAAUUACCCGGACUUUCCUAAGCUACCUCAUCUCAAAUGAUGGUUUUACCCCCCUUGCCCAGGGGAAGGGCAGUCCUUCAGCCAUGGUUCCCUGGAGGUUUCCUCCACUAGGGGGU